CGGUGAAAUCACUUGACCGGUAGCUUGUCACGUGACAUAACAGCCGCCCGACCUCACAUGACUACUCGUCUGACAAACAGCGGAUUUUAACAGUAAAUCAAUACAAUGAGGCUGGUCAUUCUGGACGACUAUGACCUGGCCAGUGAGUGGGCAGCAAAAUACAUCCGCAACAGAAUCAUCCAGUUCCGGCCGUCCGCUGACAGAUACUUCACUCUGGGUUUACCUACAGGGAGUACUCCCUAUGGCUGUUACCAGAAGCUGAUAGAAUACUACAGAAGUGGAGACAUUUCAUUCAAAUAUGUGAAGACCUUCAACAUGGAUGAAUAUGUUGGUCUACCUCGUGCUCAUCCAGAGAGCUAUCAUUCCUACAUGUGGAACAACUUCUUCAAGCACAUCGACAUCGAUCCAGCCAAUGCUCACAUCCUGGAUGGAAACGUAGAGGACCUGGAGUCAGAGUGUCAGGCCUAUGAGCAGAAGAUCGCAGAGGCUGGAGGAAUUGAGCUGUUCGUAGGAGGUAUCGGCCCUGAUGGUCACAUAGCGUUCAAUGAGCCAGGUUCCAGCCUUGUCUCCAGAACCAGAGUGAAAACUCUGGCUAAGGAUACCAUUGUGGCCAACGCUCGUUUCUUUGGCAACGACCUCUCCAAGGUUCCCACCAUGGCUCUGACUGUGGGAGUCGGAACUGUCAUGGAUGCCAAAGAGGUGAUGAUUCUGAUCACAGGAGCACACAAAGCCUUUGCUCUGUAUAAAGCCAUAGAGGAGGGAGUGAACCACAUGUGGACUGUAUCAGCAUUCCAGCAGCACCCGCGCACCAUCUUUGUCUGCGAUGAAGACGCCACCCUGGAGCUACGGGUCAAAACAGUCAAAUACUUCAAAGGUUUAAUGCAUGUUCAUAAUAAACUGGUGGACCCAGUGCUCAGCAUUAAGGACCAGUGAAACAGAGAGGAUCACCAAGGAGGAGAGCUGAAGGGAAGACGGUCAACAUGACUGGACAGCCUUAUUACUCUGGUACUGUUCUCUGCCUGAGGACCGGACUGACUGUCCCGACCUGUGCAUAUUGUUCAUGCAUACACUUGAACUGUCUUUGGAUAAUGUUACAGUUAAUUAAUGAGAGGUCAAUGAUAUAAGGAGAUAUGCCCUCUGAGGUUCUUUGUUUAAGAUUUAAAGGGAUAGUGCCAGGUCACUUUUUCUAAUCACAGCUGCUGGUCUUCACUGUUGUUCAGUAUGCGAACUUUGGAGAUAAGAUUUAAAGUCAUGACAGUAAACAUAAAGUCAUUAUUUUGUUUGGUGUGUAAAGACUGUCUCUGCCCUCUGUGAAUGAAACAGUACAGUAUCUAUAUGAUACAUUUUCUUUAUUUUUCAUCAAUGAUUCAUCCCCCAGUUAGUGAUUGGACAGGAAGAAGCAGAAACUUUGUGUGUAUUGGACCCAAAUAUUUGAUUAUUUGGAUAUCUGUUCAUUGGUUUCAAUUUUCACUUCUGGGAUUCAAAAAUUUUUUUGUUUUCUUUUUGAGAAAUGACAAUGAAAAAACCAUAAAUACAUAUAAAAGUCAGUGUUUUCCAUACACUGACUUUUUUUUUGUUUGUGGUGGUCCACCACAAUACCAGCAUGACCACCACAUGUUGAAUUUAUAUAUGUAUUUUUUACCUUAAAAUGGCCAGUGUUUUGAUUUGCUCAGCCCCUCUUUGCCCCCCCCCCUCAUUCUCUCUCUCUCUCUCUCUCUCUCUCUCUCUCUCUCUCUCUCUCUCUCUCUCUCUCUGUUACCCCGC